AUACAUAUAGACAUGUAUAAAUAUAAUAAACAUAAAAAAGCGUUAGUUCAACCGAAUAGACCUGAGCUAAUGUCAACAGAGAUAUUACAAAAAAGGUGCUGGUAUCUUUUAGGUUAAGUGUUGUAUUUCGCUGGAUGGCUUGACGCUACGUCAUCAAAUCCGUAUGCCCUUCAUGAACCACAAAAUAUUGCUACAAUGAAGUUUAGAAUUUUCCACUGACUUAAGAAUUCACCUGAGAUCUAAAAAUAUCCAUGAUGUGUAUAAUUGUUAUGCAAAUGAGCCAUAUAAAUUAUUCCAAUCCAACAUCACAGGGUUUCAUUCAGCUCAGCAAAACUAGUUAAAGUCGUGUAUUCAUAGCGUCGAUUCGGUUGCAAGGGAUAGACCAUCGCAAAUCAAAAUGGCCACCACGGAAGUAAACAUCACGUCAGUAGCCGGCAACCCGGUAUAUCCUGGCUACCCUCCACAACAGACCUACGUCACGCCCGAAGCCCCGCGUACCUAUACACAAGCCGUUCAUACCGCACAACCACCAGCCGUGGUAGUUCAUACUGCUCCACAAACCUCGGGGAUGAUUAGACAGGCCCCAUCACAGCCCGUUAGAGAUUACACAAUGUUCGCUGUGAUCGUCACCCUGUGUUUUUGUUUACCCUUUGGCAUUGUGGGAAUCGUCAAAGCAUCUGAGGCCAAGACAAAACAAAACUCAGGAGAUGUAGAGGGCGCUAGACAAGCUGCAAAGAGUGCUUUCACCUGGUCCUUGGCCGGUUUGAUUUUUGGGGUUGUGGCUACGCUGGUUGUCAUCAUCUACUAUGCCGUCAUCCAAUAAAGAACCAUCGACUUUUGAUCAGGAAAAUAUAUCUAAAGAUGAACUUAUAUGCAGUUUAAUCAUAUAUACAUAUAUAUAUCAAAUUCUUUGACCUAGAAAAGCUAUAGAGCGCCGGUAAACGUUUAUUAAGAAUAGUUAGACUAAUCAAAUGUUAUCGAUAGGUUGAUGCACUUAUAGAUAACUCAUUCUUUUUCUUAAUAUAAGGAAGCCAGUUUAGUUAUUGAUGGCCCCUAUUACAAAUGUAGUCAUCAGGAAACUUGUUAAAUUUGUGGUGUGGAGUAUAGCAUUGUAUGAUUCUGACACA